AUGGCCGUACGCCGGACAUCCACACAUGGGUUGACGCCACUCCGACGCUGGCAGCUCUACUUACGCUCCCACACACGACUUAGUCGCGCACAGUUCCGACAGUCGCCGCAACCCGCAGCGUUUGCUCGCGCCGAGCCGCCGCGUUGGAGCUCGUUCAAUGUCCUCACGACUUGCGCCGCGAAGAACUCCCUGCUGGCGGACACUGCGCGGUGUAUGUCACAGCAUCCAGUGCGACGGAAGAGUCGCCGAGACGACUGGCGCAGUGACGAGGACGUGGAGAGGACCGCAGUGGCGACGUCGGUGACGUACGAGGUGCUGAUGCAGCGGCUGUACCAAGUGAACCGUUUUACGGCUGUGAAGCUCGGACUGGAAAACAUGCAGCAGCUGAAUGCAGCCUUUGGGGACCCGGCGUCGCAGCUCGAGGUGGUCCACGUUGCAGGGACCAAUGGCAAAGGAUCGGUGGCGUUCAAAGUGGCGAAAGCGCUUGAGCGCUCGGGCUAUAAGACGGGACUGUUUGUGUCCCCGCACAUUGCGUGCUUCCGCGAGCGCGCGCAGAUCAAUGGGUCGCUCAUUGCCGAGAGCGAAGUAUGCGAGCUGUUGUCCGAGAUCUUCAACGUGAGCGCGCAACUGAGGAUCCCAGCUACGUUCUUUGAGAUCACGACGAUGUUGGCGCUCCGGUAUUUCGCUCGACAUGGUGUGGACUAUGUGGUGCUGGAGACGGGCCUCGGGGGUCGACUGGACUCGACAAAUAUCGUCAGCCCAGUACUUUCAGUGAUCACGUCGAUCGGUCUGGACCACGUCCGCAUCCUGGGCAAUGAUCUCGAGGCCAUCGCACGUGAGAAGGCUGGUAUCAUCAAGCCAAACGUGCCGGUUGUCGUAGGUCCCAACGUGCCCGUGAAUGUGAUGAUGGAGUACGCGACGCAGAAUAAUGCUCCGUUGGUGCGAGUGCCGCUCGUGGCAGAUUUGGGAGAAGAUUACAAUGCUGAGAACACAGCCAUUGCCCGCGAAGCCUGUGCACAGUUCAAUGCUCAGCGUGGUCUACAGCCAGGCAGUGCUCGCUCGAAGAUGUGCAUUGACCUGGGUGACAAGCGCAUACACGCGGCGCUCGCGUCUCGACCUCCGUGCCGCUUCCAAGUGCUGCAUGUCAUGCGUCCGAACUCAAAGGAACGCAAGGUCACAGUAGUGCUCGACGUGGCACACAACCCGCACGCGAUCGACAGGUUGGCUUGUUUGCUCCGCAAGCAGUUUGCCGACAAAACGUUUCGGUUCGUGUGCGGCUUUUCAGCUGACAAGGAUAUUGCCAAGAUGCUGGCACGACUCACGUCUGUUGUCCGCGGUCGUUACCCACACGAGAGCGACGAGCAGCUUCAGCAGCACAUUCACCUUGUGAAAGCAAACCACUCCCGUGGCGCGUCACUGGACGAUAUCAACGAGGCACUGAUGAACACAAGCAUUGCAAGCAAGGGGACGCACAAGUACAAUGCGAUCUCAAGUAUCACGGACGGUGUAGACGCUGCUAUGGCCGCCUCGCGUGCGUCUCCAGAUGACGAGGUGCUCGUAGUGUGCGGCAGCGUGUUUAUCAUGGCAGAAGCACGUCGGGCACUUGGACUCAAGGAGCCACUCGACAGUGCAUCGCUAAUCGCAGUAGCCGACUCGAGCCAAGUGGCGUUUGCAACUCGUGGUGCCAACGACCGACUCGACGUAGCAGCUUUGACGUGA